CUCAUUAAUUGAGUGAGUGAGAAAAAAAAGAAAUAUUAUAGGGAAAAAGAGGUCUCCCUCCCUGUAGAGGAAGAGGAGUUGUAGACGAGAAGGAGAACGAUUUGGGAACUGAUUCAUCUAAACUUUUAGCUUCUAUCUUUCCCUUGUCAAUUUAUCAACAAACCCUAAUUUUGUUUGGCAAGGAUAUAUAUAUAUACAUAUUUCUGGGUUCCCUCUUUUUUCUCUGAAAUUUCUAGGGUGAUUUCUGGGUUUCUUUUAGAUUUGGUGCUUUUUGAGGUGAAAAAUGGCGACGGAAGUGUUACGGCCCCAAGAUUUGUUGGUUGAGAGGUUCCGCGUGCCACAGACGUCUUGUCCGCGCAGGAGGAAUUUUCCGGCGAACGGAAGCUUGACGCACUUAGACGCGAGCCGGAGGCAACAUAGGAAGACGUCUCCCAAGCCGGAUAAGAGGAGAUUCAACGCCGCGGCGGAGACAAAGAGAUCGAGUUAUGGCGGCGUUUCCGAUCUACGGCAGAGGGUUGAGGUCAGCGGUGGCGGCCCCGUCAUGGGGCAAGUGACGCUGUUGAGAAGAGGCGAAUCGUUGAGUUCGCUUGCUUCUAAAGUAAGUGGUGGAAGCGCCGAGGCGCCUACUCAAAAGCCGGUUGACGAUCUAGCGGUUCUCGGGACGGUGAGAAUCGGACCCGACUUGCCGGAAAUGGUGCCGAAGCAGAUCCGCCUAGGGGCGCCUUCCUCCGGUGAUGUUUACGCCGGAUCGGCUUUUUUCUCGUCGCCAUCUCCCAGAUCUGUACCUCUACCUUCGUUCUUCAACAAGAGGGACUCAAAUGAUUGCCAGAGCGAACCCUUCGAUGACGGUGCUACGAGGGAUUUGCGGCGCUUGCUUCGUCUCGAAUGAUUUCCCCAAUUCUGAAUAUGAUUGAGAAAAAAAUCAAGAACUCGCUUUCUUGCUUAGAUUAUCUUGAAUCUGGAUUUCUAUCCGUAGAUAUUUUUUCAACAAUACGGAUGAAAGAAUAUACAAGAUCUGGAGCUCUAAGCAAAAACGAGAAGCGAUUCAGUCGAAGGUGGUCUCGUAUCUAGUUUUUCUUAUUUUCUAUGGGGUUCUGUAUUUGUUCACGCACAUCAUUAUGUGGCGACGUGGAUCUGGUGGAAGAAUUAUGACCUCUUUCACUGAUAAUUACUACUACUACUACUACAAGUACUUAGCCUUUGUAGCUUUGAACUGGGUAAUUUGGGUUGGGGAUUAGUUGGAGUUUGGGAAGUCGACAGAAAUUGUUAAAUGCAUAUGUCUAUCAUAUGCUGUUGUCGUAGCUCAUGUGUUGUGCGUCGUAUGUA